CGCCUCCCCCAUUCAUUCAGCCGAGCCCGGGGGCCGAGGGGCUCGGCGGCCAGCUCUGAGCGGCGCCCCAGCCAGCGCGCAGGGCCCGGGCCCGCCGGGGGCGCUUCCGUGCGGCGCGCUGCCCACCAGCCACAAUGUCCGACCCUGCGGUCAACGCGCAGCUGGACGGGAUCAUUUCGGACUUCGAAGCCUUGAAAAGAUCAUUUGAGGUUGAGGAGGUCGAGACACCCAACUCCACCCCACCCCGGAGGGUCCAGACCCCCCUGCUCCGGGCCACUGUGGCCAGCUCCACCCAGAAAUUCCAGGACCUGGGUGUGAAGAACUCAGAACCCGCAGCCCGACAUGUAGACUCCCUAAGCCAGCGCUCCCCCAAGGCUGCCCUGCGCAGGGUGGAGCUCCCGGGGCCCAAGGCGGAGCCCGUGUCUCGGCGCACCGAGAUCUCCAUUGACAUCUCAUCCAAGCAGGUGGAGAGCGCCGGUGCCACCGGGCCAUCCCGGUUCGGGCUCAAGCGGGCCGAGGCGCUGGGCCACAAGACACCACCAGAGCCCACCCCUCGGAGGACGGAGAUCACCAUAGUCAAACCCCAGGAGUCAGCCCACCGGAGGAUGGAGAAUGCCACUUCCAGGAUCCCCGAGGGACCCGCCGCCCCCACCAUGGACGCAGCCUCCAAGAGGGUGGAGAUCCAGGUGCCUAGGCCAGCCGAGGUGCCUGCCGCCCCCAUCCCACCCCAGGCCCUGGAGAAUUCAGAACCCAGCCCGAUGUCUCCACUGCAGAGCAGGCUGGAGCCCAAGCCCCAGGCUCCUGCAGCCGAGGCCCCGCCCAGGAGCCAGGAGGCCACUGAGGCAGCUCCUGGCUGCGCUGGUGACAUGGCCGACACCCCCAGAGAUGUCGGGCUCAAGCAGGCGCCCAUGCCUCGGAACGAGAAGGCCCCUGUGGACUUCGGCUACGUGGGGAUCGACUCCAUCCUGGAGCAGAUGCGCAGGAAGGCCAUGAAGCAGGGCUUCGAGUUCAACAUCAUGGUGGUCGGGCAGAGCGGCUUGGGGAAGUCCACCUUGAUCAACACCCUCUUCAAAUCCAAAAUCAGCCGAAAGUCGGUGCAGCCCACCUCAGAGGAGCGCAUCCCCAAGACGAUUGAGAUCAAGUCCAUCACGCAUGAUAUCGAGGAGAAAGGUGUCCGCAUGAAGCUGACGGUCAUUGACACGCCAGGGUUCGGUGACCACAUCAACAAUGAGAACUGCUGGCAGCCCAUUAUGAAGUUCAUCAAUGACCAAUACGAGAAGUAUCUACAGGAGGAGGUCAACAUCAACCGGAAGAAGCGCAUCCCGGACACGCGCGUCCACUGCUGCUUGUACUUCAUUCCUGCCACCGGCCACUCCCUCAGGCCCCUGGACAUCGAGUUCAUGAAACGCCUGAGCAAAGUGGUUAACAUCGUUCCGGUCAUUGCCAAGGCUGACACGCUGACCCUGGAGGAGAGGGUCUACUUCAAGCAGCGGAUCACUGCGGACCUGCUGUCCAAUGGCAUCGAUGUGUACCCCCAGAAGGAGUUUGACGAGGACUUGGAGGACAGGCUGGUGAACGAGAAAUUCCGGGAGAUGAUCCCUUUCGCCGUGGUGGGCAGCGAUCACGAGUACCAAGUGAAUGGGAAGAGGAUCCUUGGGAGGAAAACCAAAUGGGGCACCAUUGAAGUCGAGAAUACCACACACUGUGAGUUCGCCUACCUGCGGGACCUGCUCAUCAGGACGCACAUGCAGAACAUCAAGGACAUCACCAGUAGCAUCCACUUCGAGGCCUACCGGGUGAAGCGCCUGAAUGAGGGCAACAGCGCCAUGUCCAACGGGGUCGAGGAGAAGGAGCCAGAAGAAGCCCAGGAGAUGUAGGCUCUGCCCUGCCCCCAGGACCCUGCUCCCGGUCUUUUCCGUCCCCCCCCCAGGCCUGCCCACUUCCCCUUUUUAUUUUAUAUAAUUUCCUCCAUUUGUCCUUGUGACCUGCCCCUACACGCUGCCCUUAACAAGAUAAUGUGUACCCUCCGGAGUAUGUUCGGCAUUAGCCCUCUGAUGGGGCCUGGGCUGGGGGUGGCUUGGAGUAGAGGCAGCUCUGGCCAUCCUUGAGGGCCCGCCAACCCCCAGCCCCAGGCCUGGCUCCUGGGGCCCAGAAGGCAGUCUUGCUCCCCCUCCACCACAGCCUCUCAUGUGUGUUGUGGUUAUGCCUGGGAGCCAGCCUGGUGGACCUGAAGCCCUCCCCCACCCCCACCUCCCUACACGGCGUGGGCCAUAACUCAAACCGUGAAACUCAGAGCCCCCUGCCCUUGGCCCACCCCUGAGGGGAGGGUAAUGAGUCCCAUGAAUGCAAGUUGCCGAUUGCUUAGACACAGCAAAGCCCAUUGGCUGCUGCCCACCUGCCCCCCUGCAAGCCCAUCCUGGGGCAGAAAGUGCCUUUAUCUCAGCUGUCCACGCAAGCCAGCAGACUCUCCCCAGAUGUCCCCGUGGAUGGGAAAUUGGGACAGUCGGAGAGGGGGAGGUGUGUCUCAUCUCUCCAUUGUGUCCCUGCAACCACUCCCCAGCCUCGUGAUUUUGGAAAGUCAAGCAAGUGAAUCUGGUGGAGGAGCUGUGGGAGGAGGUGAUGGAUGGCAGGUGCUGGAAGGAAGGGGGCUUAGGGACCUUGAUGCGUUCUGCCCCACACUGCCCUGUGUGGCUGGGUGGGGAGUGUACCUCUUCGUGUGUUCGGACAUCCCUUUGGCCCAAGAUGCUCUGGUUACAUUAAUGUUCAGUCGACCACCCAGGUACACAUUGAGCCCUCCUGGCCCAGACCUUGCUGACACUGUGACCCUGGGAUGUGGGAGACCAGGCUGACUUUUUGUUCCAUAAUUGUUCCUGGGCUCCUGCAACUCAGAGCCCAUUGUAAAGACCCUCAAAGGAAGAUACUGGGAAUCAUGUGAUGGCCCUCCGCUGACUGCAGAGUGGGCGUUCAUGUCAGCAUGGCCUGGCCGGUCUCUCUGCUCCCACACCUCUGUGUUGGGGGCAUCAGCAGGGGCCAUCCGAGCUGUGCAGUGUAGACCGACUGCAGGUGCUUCCUCCUGCCUCUUGACAAGAGCGAGGGGACUGGUGCCUGGCUCAGGCCAAGAUGAAACACAGGUGGGGUGACAUCUGUCCACAGGCCCCAGGCUGGCUGCUUGCAGCUGAUGAGAAGAGCGGAGGCAGCAUGGGGCAUGGGUAGACCUGGGGGUGGGGGGGUGCAUGCAGGUGCGGGAGUCCUUGCUCUGUUGAACCCCUGCCCACCCAGAGAGGAAGGGCCCUUGAGUGAAACAGUUUACUUGCUGACUUGCCAAGUUUUUGCCAAAACCAAGAUCCUGAAGGAAACGUCCAUCUCCAGCAGGGUCCAGGAUGCGGGCAGACUGGAGGUGGAGUUCUGUCCUGGGAGGGCUUCACUUUCCUCUGUAGCCAAAUUUUGAAAGAAUUGUUUGUUUCUCUGGGAUGUGUUCCACAGUGGCCUUCAGCUAUGUGCCUCCUGAGAAAUUUCUUUUUGUAUAAAUAACAGUGUUGAAAAGGUAUUUCCUGAAAUAAAUGUUCCAAAUGCAAACC